CUAACCGUGACAAAUGCAAAUACAAAAUGUGCUCCGACGUCUCCAAAGGGAUAAAUCUGACGACUGCCGUUGUGAUUUAUGCAAAUUCCUGCAAACAGACUUUCGUUAUCGCCAGUUCAAACGGAGCUCUGGGUGCUGUUGAGUGGGCGGAUAUCACGUGCGGUGACUACGAGAAUGGGCUCAGAAACCGAGGGAUCUGCCAUGGAAGAUCAGAAGAAAAGUGUCAAUUGUGUUAAUAGUGAUAUCGACGAGAAGUAUGCGGAAAAAUCGGGAGAUGAAGCUAACAAUGGUACAGUGGAAUAUGAAAGUUUCAGCAGUAGUGAGAAGACAAAAAAUGGAGCGGAGUUCCAGAAGAUGUUGCCGGACGAUCUGGAGGAUAUGUUCAAAGAUAUGCCGUUAACCAAGGAUACAACCUGUGGAAUUUGGAUAUUCAAAGGACCGUAUUUGCAAAAAUUCGCCAACAAAAAGGCGUACGUGUUUCUGUACGGCGUCAUCGGUUGCAUAUUUUCCGCCACCUACGCCUAUUUCAACGGCACGAUUACCACGCUGGAGAAGCGAUACAAGAUUCCCAGCAAAAACACUGGCAUCAUUUCCGUCGGUAACGAUAUCAGUUCGCUGUUUCUGUCGGCCAUUCUGAGCUACUACGCCGGCAAGGGUCACCGACCUCGGUGGAUAGCGUUCGGUCUGUUCACGAUCGUCCUGUUUUGCUGGAUGACGGCAUUGCCGCAUUUGUUGUACGGCCCAGGAGAGGCCGCACUGGUUUUGACCACCGAAUUUGGCGCUACGUACGAUGAGAACCAAACCAAGGAGGUUUUCGAGGCUCAGAAGGCGAAAACGCUUUGCCGCAGUAAUGGCACACGGGGGGCUGAGUGUGAGACCGAGGAAGGUAAUUUCGCACCGCAGGCGAUUCUUUUCGUGGCUCAGUUCAUCUCGGGUAUCGGUAGCUCGCUGUACUACACUCUGGGUGUUUCCUAUAUGGAUGACAACAUCAAGAAAUCUAAAACUCCUGCACUGGUUAGUGUUUCCUAUUUCCUGAGAAUGCUUGGACCAGCCAUGGGAUAUACUCUUGCUUCGUAUUGUUUGAAGCUGUACAUUUCGCCGUCGAUGACUCCAACAAUCUCCAAUAAAGAUCCUCGAUGGCUUGGUGCCUGGUGGAUCGGAUGGUUAGUUCUGGGAGUGGUUCUGUGUUUCUUUGCCUUGUUUAUGGGCAUGUUUCCGAAGCAGCUGCCUAGAGCCGCAGUUCGAAAAAGAAUCGCUGUUGAGAAGAAAAAGCUUGGCAUGAAGCUCAGUGAGGUGAAGAAGGAGGAUGAACUGCCAGCGUCGUUUAAAGAUAUGAUCAAAACAUUCAAGCGGUUGCUGAAAAACAAAAUUCUUAUGUUGAACAACCUCGCUUCGGUUUUCUACUUCUUCGGUUACAUGCCGUACUGGAUCUUCACACCGAAGUACAUUGAGACCCAGUACAAACAAUCGGCGUCUACGUCCAGCUUGGUAACUGGUACUGUGGCCCUGGGAUUCUCCGCGAUUGGUGUUCUGCUAUCCGGUAUAGUGAUCUCGAAGUACAAACCUAGGGCCCGCUACAUGGCGGCAUGGAAUGUUAUGGUAGGGCUUAUGUCAGUGAUGGGAAUGGUGAUGUACGCCUUCCUGGGAUGCACUGCGAGCGAAAAUUCUGUGAUCGUCAACCAUCCGUCAGCGACCGAUCUGACGCCAACCUGCAACUCGGCAUGUCAGUGUGACUAUGUCAAAUACUCACCAAUUUGUGGAGAAGAUAGUAACACAUAUAUUUCGGCUUGUCAUGCUGGUUGUAAACAGCAGUAUCAGAUUGGUGAUCUCAAGACAUACGAUGAAUGCGCGUGUAUAUCAGGAGGGAACUUUUCCGCUCACAAUCCUAUGUUCGAAAGGUUAAGGUCACCCGAAAAUAGCACAUACCUUCCGUAUACACACGAGAACUCGCUUCCCGCAAUAGGUGGGAAAGCCAUGGCCGGUCCAUGCCCACUUGAUUGCAAGCGAGAAUUCAUCACCUUCCUGGUGGUAAUGUGUUUCCUGAAGUUUUCCGGCGCAACGGGACGGGCCAGCAACUUCCUGGUGUCGGUGCGGUGCGUCGACGAAAAGGACAAAACCGUCUCGAUGGGCUUCGGAAUGAUGCUGCUUAGUUUGAUGUCCUUCAUACCGAGUCCGAUCUUUUUUGGGCUGGUCCUGGAUAAAACUUGCCUAGUGUGGGGUAAAACGUGUUCGGGUAAAGGCAAUUGCUGGCUGUACGACGGAGAAUCAUUGAGGUAUCUUCUGAACUUCAUAGCGGCAGCGUUCGUUUUUGUGGGGACAGUGUUUGACUGUGGGGUGUGGUACUACGUAAAAGAUUUGAAAAUAUUUGACGAAGAAGUUAAGGAUAAGGAAAUCGACCUGGCAGAAAAGGAGGAGGAAGCCACGACCGAUAGACCAUCGUAGCUUUAUCUUAGUUAUUGUUGAAACUUUUAUCAGCAAAUAAGCUAAUUCCAAAGACCAAACUGUACAUUAACUUAGCCUAUGAUACUAUAUUGAAUUUCUUGUUUUCUAUUAGUGAAUCAUAAACCGUUCUGUUUUAAAUGGAAA